AUGGCUGAUCAAUCUCAGAAGAACCAGGCACCGGCCACGACCCCACACGAAUCAAGUGAUUCAAAAGGCGUGGUGCCUCUCGAACUCUUCCUCGAAAUUGCCGACCGCUACGUCGAGUCCGCCUACGCUCAAGCCGCAACCGAAGUCUCGACGUGGCACGUCGAAGGCUGCCCAGACGCCAUCGACUCAAUCUACAUCAGCGACAACCACGCCUACGACUACGCCUCACAGACGAAGCGCUGGCGCCUCGUCAGCACCCUCGCCAACCUCCGCAGCAGACGUGUCUCGGAUAUCGUCGACAAGACCUUUUGCAAGUUCCCGCGCCACCACCACGUGCCCCGUCACCACCGCACCCCGGCAAACGCCACAGAAUGGUCUGCUACGGGGCAGAAGAGCAGCGAUAUCGUCGACCCGCCCAGGCACGCCUGGGUCCUCCCGGACAUCGACGUCUUCGUCCUCGACUUCAAGGCCGCGGACCGGCAUAACAACGCAGACGGCGAGAACCCGGAGCCCCUCGAGACCGCAAUCCUACAGCCUUCACAGCAAGCCGCGAGAGGACCACUGCGCAUGAUCCGUAACGUCAGCAGUAGCUUAACAAACCUAUUGACCGCGAGCACGAAGCAGAUCCGCGCGCUCGCGACCCUGCCGGAGUUGAAGCGCGUGCAGACGUGGUGCGCGAUCCAGAGCCCCGUGCAGCCCGCCGACGAGCCGCUGCACGACCACGGGGCGGUUCUGCCUGUUGAUCCGGCUAUCCUGCCUGACCUUGCUGCGGAGCUGGCGCUGAGCGAUACGCGGCUUUUGUUGUUGUGGGGGCCGUUGUUCGAUGCUGGUGUUGUGAUCACGAUUCAGCCGAGGUAUGCUUUGCGUGGGGAGAUUGAGCUCGUUCGUACGGACGGAGGUCUGCGGAUGAGGUUUCUUGAGGAGGUGUAUGGAGUUCACGGAAAUUUCGGUCACAUUCGAUUGGGUCUAUAUCAAAUUAUCAAGCUGACCUCGUCUCUCCCUCCAUCAUAUCGCAACAUUGACGCCUUCGGUACAAGCAGUGCUGACUCUGGCUCUACGAUGUCGACUAAAUCAUACACCACAUUGCUCUUCGCUUUCGUCAUAUUCUAUGACAACCUUGAGAGACCAACACCAACCCGCAGCCUGAGUCCCCCUCCACAAUUGAAUACUAUGCGGUGGUCCACCAAGCUUCACAAUACCUUCGAGCGUAUUAAAUUUGGUAUCAGGGGCGCCACUCUCCCCAGCGGCAUUCUUCCGUACGAAAUAUGGCUCGCAAUUGUCGAUGCCGUGUUUGACGACUUGGAAUCGACAGUCGAGCCAUUAUCAUGGGUAUUGUCCGGAUAUGAGUCCGAAAAGGUUACAAACGAGAAUCGCUGCCUCAUGCUCGAUGAAAGCGAACCCCCUUGGUUUCACAGAAUUGAGCACUUCUUGAUUGACGACGCCAGAAACUGGGAAAAGAGCAAAAUAAAGCAUCGACAACAUGCCAUGGAAGUCCUGCAUAACUUCACAUUGGUCGACCGCAGAACUCGCGAGAUUAUAAACAGACGAUUACCGCGAUAUGAUACUGCUUUCUGCGAUUCUACUCAGGCCCGGCUGGGCGCACCAUCUCAAACACCACUUUCAGUAUUUGCAGAAGAUGCCUAG